AUGCGACAGGAUUGGAGUUUUCCUUUCCCGUCUCCCCUCCCUCAAUUCCACCCUUCUUCCAUCCACCCACUCCCCCUCCUCCGGGCAUCCCCACGCGGUUGCUCAGCUCCCCCCAUUCGUGCCCCGCCAGUCAGUCUCCCCCAUACAGCAACCCAUGCGUACCCCUUUCCCCUUCCCCACCUCACCACCCCUCCCCACCCCCCGCCUCCCCUUCCCCUUACUCCCCCAGUCUCUCCAUCCCUCUCACCCUCCCCCAGGCCGCCCCACGUGGUGCCUCCUCUCCCCCCAUUCGUGCUCCGCCAGUCAUAUGCGGCCGUCAUCAUGAGCCCGGUUAGUUCUGCUCACACGGUUGAGAGAGGCGGGGUAAGAGGGGAAGGGGACGAUGGAGUAACAGAGGAGAAGAAAGUAGAGAUGGAAUCUGGUGCUUCUUUUGGUAGUGGUGGUGCUGGUGCUGGUGCUGGUGCUGAUUGUGGUGCUGGUGCUGGUGCUGGUGGUGGUGCUGGUGGUGGUGGUGAAAUGGGUGCGAUAGCACAGUUGGAGGAGGCUGCAAGUGGUGCAUUGUUGGGAGAAGCAGCAGCAUCAAUGGCAGGGGAAAGGGGGCAUGGAAGGAAGGGCAGCGGUGCGAGCGAGCAUGGAAGGAAGGGUGUGGGUGGGGGUGAAUUGGGUCAUCCUGCCUAG